GGAGGAGUGAAAGUUGGAGCCCAACAAAACCCUCCACCGCGCUCGGUGCGGCCAGACCGUGCGCAGCGACCUCCGCACAGGUGGUCGCGCCGGUCCCCGCCGCGAUGUUGACCAAAGUUCUCCUGAUCCUCCUGGGCACGUUCGUAAUCCUCCCGUCGAGUAUUGAAGGACCAUAUGUUGGGUCAUGGAAGGGACCCACCGCCAGUGCUGAGGAUGUCUAUGAUCCCAAGCCCCAGGCUCCUGAAACAGAACUCCCCACUGAAGAAAUACAGCCCACCACUGUUGAGACCUAUGAUAGGCUUGGCAAACUGCCAGCAGCCACUCACAUCCUGGACAGCAUCUUGAAUAACUAUGACUACAAACUGCGCCCUGGCAUUGGAGAGAGGCCCACUGUGGUCACUGUUGAGCUCUCCGUCAACACCCUGGGGCCUAUCUCUAUCCUGGACAUGGAAUACACCAUUGACAUCACCUUCUACCAGACUUGGUAUGACGAGCGUCUUCGUUACAACGGCAGCUUUGAGAGCUUUGUUCUGAAUGGCAACCUGGUGAGCCUGUUAUGGGUCCCAGACACCUUUUUUCGAAAUUCCAAGAGGACCCAGGAACACUCGAUCACCAUGCCCAAUCAGAUGGUCCGCAUCUACAAGGACGGCAAGGUGUUGUACACAAUCAGGAUGACCAUUGAUGCUGGAUGCUCACUCCACAUGGUCAAAUUUCCAAUGGAUUCUCACUCUUGCCCUCUGUCUUUCUCUAGCUUUUCCUAUCCUGUGAGUGAUAUCAUCUACAAGUGGGACAAUUUCACGCUUGAAAUCAAUGAGAAUAAUUCCUGGAAGCUCUUCCAGUUUGAUUUUACAGGAGUGAGCAACUCAACUGAAACUAUCGCAACCCUAGCUGGUGAUUUCAUGGUCAUGACGCUUUUCUUCAAUGUGAGUAGGCGGUUCGGCUUUGUGGCCUUUCAAAACUAUGUUCCUUCUUCUGUGACCACGAUGAUCUCCUGGAUUUCCUUUUGGCUCAAGAAAGACUCUGCUCCCGCCAGGACUUCUUUAGGGAUCACUUCUGUACUCACCAUGACCACACUGGGCACCUUUUCCCGGAAGAAUUUCCCACGUGUCUCCUAUAUUACAGCCUUGGAUUUCUAUAUUGCUAUCUGCUUCGUCUUCUGCUUCUGCGCUCUAAUGGAGUUUGCCGUGCUCAACUUCCUGACCUACAACCGGACGCACCCCCGUGGUUCUCCAAAACUUCGCCAUCCUCGUAUCCAUGUGCGUGCCCCCACCCCUCCCCGCAUCCCAGAUCCUGAAUCUUUCGUGUGCGACAUUGAGGACUCUGAGGAGGAAGAGGAGGAGGAGAGUGAUGAAGAGGACGAGGGACCAUCUUGCCCAGCCCGCCAGGCUGUGAGGCCAAGCAGAGCCUCUAGCCCUGGCGGCUGCUGCAGGUGGUGCAGGAGGUAUUGCUGCAUGGUCCCUGGUUGUGAUGGUAGCAGCUGGCAGCAGGGCCGCCUCUUCAUCCAUGUCUACCGCCUGGAUAACUACUCGCGAGUUAUUUUCCCUGUCACUUUCUUCUUCUUCAAUGUGCUCUACUGGCUUGUUUGCCUUAACCUGUAGGUGCCAGCUGGCACCCUGUGGGGCAGCCUCCCCAGUUCCCCAGGAGGUCCCACAUUUUUUGCCAAGGGAGUUGGGGGAAAGCAGCAGCAGCAGCUGGAGCAGCUGGAGAGUGUCUUUCCUUCUCCUUCCCCAAAUAUGAACCUGCAGGGAACUGGACUUGGCUGGUCCCCUCCCCCACCUGGCCCAUCCACUGAAUCUCCUUGGCAGCCCAUUUUGAGUAAAAUUGCCCACCUCUCUAUUCCUCAAGGGGCAUUGAUGAUGCUCAGGCUUAAAAAUGUAGGUCUCAGUGACCAGCUCCCUAAGACAGUGUCCAUGUGUGAAUGGAUUAGCUAUCUCCCUAAAGGGCUGACACCCACUGCCUUUUUCCAGAAACCCAGUACUGCCUUUGCGAUGCUCCAGGCCCAGCUCUGGCCUCAGCCUCAAAGUGCACAGACCAGCAAGCCGGAUUAUUAUAGUCUUGAGUCUGUCUCCCUGCCCUCCCUUCCCCUGCAGAUUGAUAGCCAUUGGCAUGACCCUUUAGGAGGAGGGGAGCCAGCAGUUGAGCCUCUUUAGGACUGUAUCCCUCCCUCUGCUGCUGUGACACCUCCCUCUCCCCUCCCCGCUGGCCUUCAUUCCUCAUCUGCACUACAAUUCAAUGCCUUGCAUCCAGUGGGUAUCUAUUUUUGUGUGUGAUAAUAGUAAUUACCCCCUGCUUUGUAUGCCACCUUCUUCCUCCUCCUUGACCCCUGUGACUCUUUCUGUAACUUCCCCAGUGACUUUCCUAGCCCCAACCCAGGUGCUAGGCCAUGGUGACUUCCCGGGGCCAAGAAACUAAGGGAACUCUGCUUUGCAGUGGGCAUUACCCACGUUGAUUGAUGCCCACCUAGGGCACAGCAUAGGAAUUCUGCCACGACCUUGGCCCCUGGACCCAUGAGCUGGUCCACUCUUAUCCCUGGGGCACUCUGACAAUCACAAUCAAUCAAUUGAAUUCCCUUAAAUUUGUACAGCACUUUACCUUUUGCAAAAGAACUUUUGACAAAUUAUUUCUAUUUUGAGCCUCAUAGCCUUGUAAUAUAUACAGGGCAGGAUUCUUAUCCCCAUUUUGCAGAUGAGAACCCUGAGGCACAGAUUUCUAUGGGACUGUGGAUCUCACUGGAAACUACCCAGGAGCCCACUGUCACCUUCUAGAUCACAUGACAGGGCUAGGCAGCUCUGGUCACCAUGAUUCGAUUCUUUAGCCUCUGCUGGCACCCCAGUGGCAGGGCCCAGAGUGGCAGCCUCUUUUCAGCAUUGGUCUGCUCAAUUCCUGGGCCUCAGGUGCUCAGACUGCCCCUAAGAUCUAACCUCUCCUGGCUCUGGUAACCCAGUGAGGUAAAUUUGAACACGCCCCAAUGCUUAUAUAUGCUGAAUGAAAUCUGUGUCUGUAUUUUAUUGGGGAGGGUGGGUAGGGUGGGGAUCCAUCUGCUUUUGUCACCAUCACCUGAAAAGGGGAAAUAUAUCAAUAAAGAUAUC